AUGGGUCGAACGCGAACACAGAAGAAGGCCCACACGAAAGUAACCGAUCUCCCUGUACAGCAUGCUGUGAAGACUCCCUCGAUAUAUUCUCUACUGGAGAAGGCGCAAUCUCUGAUUGUCCAGUGCGACUAUGAACUUGCUUUACGAUUCACGCGCCGAAUUUUGGAGCAGGACCCAAAAAAUGUUGAGGCUAAAGAGAUGCUUGGAGCUUGUCUUCUAGAAACCGGGGAGAUUGAAGCUGCGAAAGAAGCUUUCUUGUCUCUUUUGCCUCCAAAUCCCGAUGCUCCUGCUUCACCACCAGCAUCCGCCCAUCUUUAUCUUGCUCAACUGAGCGAUGACGAUCCAAAACUCGCAUUACAACAUUUUCAAGCCGCUGUCAACAUUCUCUUAGCCCAGUUAAAAGGGAAGGAGCGUGCCGCAGACGAUAGCUCCAGUGAUGAGGUCGAAGUGAAGAACAACAUCGUAAGAGCUCUGGUCGGACAGGUGGAAAUAUGGAUGGAUCCCUCGUAUGAUCUAUGUUUUGAACCAGAGGCUGAAAAAACUUGUGAAGAUCUCCUUGAGAACGCGUUACAAGUCGCUCCAGGAAAUCCAGAGGCGCUGCAAUCGUUAGCUUCAGUACGCAUGUCGCAGCAGCGUCCCGAUGACGCGAAGCAAUGCCUUGAACAGGCUUGGUCCAGAUGGGAAGACCUGGAUCUUGAUGACCCGAAACUACCACCCAUUCCGAAUCGCUUGGUUCUAGUCAAGUUGUUUAUCGAAUUGGCGAUGUAUGCUUCUGCUCUUCUCGUCCUACAUGGAAUAAUGUCCUCCGACGAUCAAGAAGUGGAGGCAUGGUAUCUGGAAGGAUGGUGUUUUUACCUCAUGGCGGAACAAGCUCAAGAAAGUGGAGGCAUGCUUGAUGAAUUGACAUGGCAAGAGCUGGCAAAGGAUUCAAGAGAUUGUCUCGAGACGUGUCAAGUGCUUCAUCGAAAUCAAGAGCAUGUCGAUAAACCUUUACUUGGGCAUGUCAAAGAGCUGAUAGCGAAAUUGGAUUCACUGGGCAUAUCUGCAUCACCUCUGGAAGACGCCGAAGAUGGAGACGAUGACGAUGACGAUUGGGAGAGUGUAGAUGGAAGUGUAGAUGGCGACGGCGAUGUAGAAAUGAAAUAG